UCCUAUCUACCGGUUUAAUUCGGGCUGCUAGCAUGCAGCUAGCUUUCCCGAUCGAAGCGACUUCUUAAAUUACGCUUCCGUAGCUCACUCGACGUCUAAAGGCCCGGAUAAGUCACUUCAUCGUUGCAUACAGAGUGCAAAUGUUUUAAGUGCACGAGCGAUCUUCGAUACAUUUAAUAUCGAUCUGGUUAAUUGCAGGAAAGUAUUGCUGUUCGUAGCUAGAUUUGCUUAUAUAUUUAGCAGCAUAAUUCUAUAUCAGUGAUCAGUGAGUAACGUUAAUAUGCGCUUGAAAUCAUGAUCAGGGCGUCAAGGUGUUUGUUGUAGGGCACCGGGUUUCGAUCCGGAAAGGACCGAGCAUUUCUAGACGACUGCUGUCUGAGAAAAAGCUUCGUCUUUGUGUGUUGUGGAUCCGACAGAAACGCGCAGCAGCCGGAGUUCCAGCAACACAUCGGAGAUAUCUCCCUCUACCUCACGCUUCCUUUUCUCUAAAUCCCAACAUCCUCCAAGACAGCUGAACACCGGGGCGUGCUGUAAAAGCUGUGACUCAGCAUGGUAGAGGAAUAACCUUAAUUGCAAAGUAUUCUGGGAACAGGCCAUUGCAGAAAGGAACCUUUACGCUUUGACAUCAGUAAGCUGGUUGAAAACUCAUGGGAUACGAACAUGUCGGAGGCUGGAGAGCGUCGGCCAGUCAACGCAGAUUAUGCAGUUUCUGUGCUGGAACAGCUGAAGUAUUUCUACGAGCAGAAGUUGUUGACUGACAUCACUCUGCUGGUGGAGGAGAAUGAGUUCCCCUGCCAUAAGAUGGUGCUGGCCACCUGCAGCUCUUACUUCAGGGCCAUGUUUAUGAGCGGGCUCAGUGAGAGCAAACAGACCCAUGUUCAUCUUAGAAACGUUGACCCCAUCACACUGCAGACCAUCAUAACAUAUGCUUACACCGGCAACUUGGUCAUCAACGACACCACUGUGGAACCUCUCUACGAGACGGCCUGUUUUCUUCAGGUGGAAGAUGUUUUACUGCAGUGUCGAGAAUAUUUGGUUAAGAAAAUCACUGCUGAAAACUGCGUCCGCAUGCUAAGCAUCGGUGACCUGUUCAGUUGCACAGAGUUGAAGCAAAGUGCUAAGCGCAUGGUGGAGCACAAAUUCUCUGUCGUCUACAGACAGGAAGCUUUCCUGCAGCUCUCGCACGAGCUCUUGCUGGACCUCCUGAGCAGCGAUAAUCUCAACGUGGAGAAAGAGGAAACGGUACGUGAGGCGGCCAUGCUGUGGCUGGAAUACAACAUGGAAGCACGUUCUCAGUAUCUAUCCUCCGUCCUCAGCCAGAUUCGAAUUGAUGCGCUUUCUGAGGUGACCCAACGUGCCUGGUUCCAAGGUCUUCCACCGAAUGACAAAUCAGUGGUAGUGCAAGGCCUGUACAAGUCAAUGCCAAAGUUUUUCAAGCCCAGACUGGGCAUGACCAAGGAAGAAAUGCUGAUUUUUGUAGAGGCCGAACCGCCAGCUGAAAGCCACCCCGUCGUAAUAGGUCCACGUCACACAGUGGUCUGUUAUAGUCCUCAAGCGGAGAAAGUCUAUAAACUGUGUAGCCUGCCUGGAGACUUGCAGAAGGUUGGGACAUUGGUCACCCCAGACAAUGAUGUCUACAUUGCCGGUGGACAGAUACCACUGAAGAGUGCGCUAGCUACCCACGGCAGCAAAAGCGGAAAGCUGCAGGCUGCCUAUUGUUCAGUGGACACCUUCUACUGGCUGGAUGCCCAGCAGAAUGCAUGGGUGGCUAAAACGCCCAUGCUUUACGCUCGCACUAAACCGUCACUGGUGUAUUGUCAGGGUUUCAUCUACGCUAUUGGCGGUGAUAACGUGGGCGGCGAGUUGAAUAAACGCACAGUGGAGCGAUACGAUUGCGAGCAGGAUGAAUGGAGCGUGACCAGCCCUCUUCCCUGCGCGUGGAGUUGGAGCACAGCGGUAACAGCCCGGGACUGCAUUUACGUCAUGACACACGACCUCAUGUACUGCUACUUCCCUCGUGCUGACACUUGGGUGGAAAUGGCCAUGCGGCAGACUAGUCGUUGCUUUGCUUCCGCUGCUGCGUUAGGAGAUCUCCUCUUCUAUAUCGGUGGUCUACAUGUGGUGGGCAACUCGGGUUUGCGUUUGCCGACGAGCACUAUUGAUGGCUCCUCUGUUACGGUAGAGAUAUACGAUGUCAACAAAAAUGAAUGGCGUCUAGCUGCCAACAUCCCAGCCAAGCGGUACUCUGACCCCUGUGUGCGUGCCGUGGUGCUACUGAAUACGCUAUGCAUCUUCAUACGUGAGACGCACCUAAACGAACGGGCAAAGUAUGCUCUGUAUCAGUACGACCUGGAGCUCGAUUGCUGGUCCUUGCGGCAGCCUGUGUCGGAGCGUGUGCUCUGGGACCUCGGCAAAGAUUUCCGCUGUGCCGUGGGUAAAUUAUACCCGUCCUGCCUUGAUGAAUCGCCCUGGAAGCCACCCACUUACCUCUUCUCACCUGAUGGAGCUGAGGAGUUUGAGGUGGAUGAGGACAUGGUGUUACUGCCUCAUGUAUAGUUAAUGGCAUCAUCUUUGAAACUUGUCCUGUAAUUUAUCCACUGUUCUGAUAGGUGAUUGAGCCGAUGGGCGGACUUCCCUUAAUGCCUAAUGUGCUCAUGGAGAACAAAUAUUUAAUUGGAAUCUG